AUGGGCGUCCACAACAUCAACUCCAAGGCGGACUUCUACAAGGCCAUUAACGGCGAGGAGGUCACCCUCGCUGCCGACAACGUCCUGCCCAGCAAGAACGUCGCCAUCCUCGACUGCUUCGCUACGUGGUGCGGUCCCUGCAAGACUAUUGCCCCCAUAUACGCGCAGCUCUCCGAGAAGUACACCAGCGUCAACUUCCUUAAGAUCGAUGUCGACGAGGUCCCCGACCUGAGCCAGGAGCUCGGCAUCCGCGCCAUGCCCACCUUCAUGGUCUUCAAGGACGGCCAGAAGGUUGAGGAGAUUGUCGGUGCCAACCCCCCCGCCCUCGAGAAGGCGCUCCUGAAGUACUCCGCCUAA